AUGUCGGUGCCCUCUAGCAUCAUCGGCGGCCUGCCGUCCGCGAAGCUCUUCAGCUUCCCACCGCACAACCCGGCGCCCGCCGUGCCACCGCCCGCCGCGGCCUCGCUGUCCGUGAUGCAUCCGUUCAACAUCCCCGAUGGGCUUUUCCUUGGCGCGCUCGACGCUCGCGUGCCCAUCACCAUCGCCGCCCUCUACGCCAUCACCGUGAAGCUGCUGAACAGGUACAACCGUGCGCACAACAAGCAGCCGUGGGCGAUCUCUAAGACGGCCGCGUUCCGCCUUUUCGUCGUCCUCCACAAUGUCUUCCUUGCGGUGUACUCCGCCUGGACCUUUUGGGGCAUGCUCAGUGGCAUGCGCCGCAGCAUCGUCAGCCCACUCGGACCCGGAGGGCUCGCGGCCACCGCGGACAGCGCGUGCCGCCUGCACGGCGCACCCGGGCUCGGCAACUCAGUCUACUUCAACGAGCACCUGAGCCGGUUCGAGAGCGCGGGACCGGACGUGCCGUCGGGUGCCAUUGACGCCGUCACCGGGCUGCCGAGUGCCGCGCAGGGUGGCCGCAUCUGGAACGAAGGACUCGCGUACUACGGCUGGAUCUUCUACCUCAGCAAGUUCUACGAGGUCCUCGAUACCUUUAUUAUUCUGGCCAAGGGCAAGCCCAGCUCCACGCUGCAGACCUACCACCACGCCGGCGCCAUGCUGUGCAUGUGGGCGGGCAUGCGCUACAUGUCGGCGCCCAUCUGGGUCUUUGUCCAGUUCAACUCGUUCAUCCACGCCCUUAUGUACACCUACUACACUGUGACAGCCUUCAGCAUUCGCGUCCCCGUCUUCAUUAAGCGCAGCCUGACCAGCAUGCAAAUCACACAAUUCCUCGUUGGUGCCUCCCUCGCCAUGUGUCACUCCUUUGUCUACUACUUUGCCCCCGCCGCCACCUCCACCGCCGCCUCGGACGCCCCCGGCGCCGUCGCCUCCGUCCGCGCGCUUCUCUUCGGCUCCGACGCCAGCCGCGUCAAGACCGUCGUCGACCAGGACGUCUCGUACGUGUCGCAGCCGUGCAUCGUCAGCUCCGGCGAGACUUUCGCCAUCUGGCUCAACGUCGUCUACCUCGCGCCCCUGACCUACCUCUUCGUCAGCUUCUUCAUUGCGAGCUACGUCAAGCGCAGCAACGCCGCCAAUAAGUUCGCCGGCAAGGGCGCCGCCGCCCGCCGCCUCAGCAACGUCAACGUUGACGUCGCGCUGGCGGAGAAGGCCGGCUGGGACGCUGCCCGUGGCCUCGAGCGCGAGGUGUACGGCGGCGAGCGCAUGGUGCGCAGCGGUGACAACAGCCCCACGCGCGAGGAAGCCGCCGCCACCACCGCGACCGCGCGCCGCACCACCAGACGCCGUGGUUAA